CUAUAAUAAUAUGAUGAAUUAAGAGUCCAUUGAUGAAUCAAUUGAAAGAUUGUAACUAAUUUAUUUUUAUCAAAAUUAGUCGAAGAGAUAGAUAAACUAUAAGAGAUAAAAUGGCAGAGAGAAACUAAUUAUAUGAAAAAGCAGCCUAAAAUUAUUUAUCAAGUUUAUAAAGAGAAAUUGAAACUAUAAAGCGAACCAGGUAUCAAGAUUAGGAAUGGUAAUAGACCCUUAGCUGAAACAAGAAAUUAAGAGUUUAGAGAAUAAAUAGCCAAUUUAUUUUAGAGAUAUGAAAAUGGAAGUAUUAGAUUAAAAUAAGCAAUUCAAAAAACUAACAUUGAAAAAAUGAAUUACAAUGAUUAUCUAAUUAAAGUGUAUCCAAAUUAUUUUACAGAUGAAAAAAAAAAACUAAAAGAAGAAAAUUAACGACUUAUGCAAUAAUUAUAAGUAUUAUUUAAAUUAAAUAUAAAAGGGUUUUCGAUAAUAAGUUAGCAAUUCUCCAGUCUAAGAAAUACCAGAUAUUGAUAAUGAAUAAUAUGAUUAUAAUGAUCAAUAAAAACUUGAUUAAUAUUUGGGAUAAGAUGUUUAGGAAUAAGAUUACUAAAAUUAAUAAUAUCAUUUUAAAUAAAUAUAAAGAUAGUAGUUUGAAUAACCAUUAGGACUUUAAAAUUAAUCAGGAUAAUCAAAAUCAAAUCUAACAAAAUAAUAAGAAUAAGACUUUUUAUCAGAAUUUUUAAUUCCCUAAUAAGGAAAAAAAUGA